AUGGAUAUUACAAGGAAACUGCCAGAAGAGUGCAUCGCUGACAUAAUUUCAAAGACAUCCCCUCCUGAUGCAUGCAAGAUGUCGUUGGUUUCCCGGACAUUCAGGUCAGCUGCUGCUUCCAAUCUCGUGUGGGAGGCGCUCCUGCCUCCCGAUCAUCAGCAAAUAAUUUCUGAAUCGGUUUCGUCAUCGUCGUCAUUGAAUAUCUUGUCCAUGAAAGAUCUUUAUUUCAGCCUCUGCGACAAUCCGAUCCUCAUCAACAACGGUAAAAGGAGUUUUACAAUACAUAAAUGGAGUGGGAAAAAGUGUUACAUGCUGGGAGCGAGAGAAUUAGGGGUAAUAUGGGGAGACGCUUCACAAUACUGGAAAUGGUAUUCUCUUGCCGAGUCACGAGUUUUACCCAAAUCCAGGUCACUCUCCCCAACUUUCUAUUUCUAUAUCAACGUGUGUGAAUUUACACAACAUGCUUUGUAUGUUUAUUUAGUUUUUGUUUUGACAAUAAAUUACGGUUUACAAUAUAAGAAUCAUGUGCAAAUUUUCGGAGGUCGCUCAUCUUGUGGAUGUGUGUUGGCUUCAUGUAUGGGGCUUAAUUGAGACCAAAAUUCUGUCCCCAAAUAACAGAUACGGAGCAUACCUUAUCUACACUAUUGGGGAUCAACCCCAUGGGCUUGACAAGCCAGUGAAGUUGUUGGUUAGAUUUCUAGAUGAGAUUAGAUGUGAUUAUAUCAAUGCUUAUUUGCUAUCAAGAACAUCCAUGGAUGAUGCACCCGAGGACGAGGAUGCACGAUUUCCAAGAGACAGAGAGGACAUGUGGAUGGAGAUUGAGAUGGGGGAAUUCUUCAAUCAUGACCAGGUAGAUAGAGUGGUCGAAAUGCACCUGCGGGAGACUGAAGUCCUCAACUGGAAGUCUGGCCUUGUGAUCCAUGGCAUUGAGGUUCGACCAAAAGAUUUAAGAUAAUAACAUAUAUAAUAUAAAGAGAUCGAUGUGGCUUUGUUAUGGUUUUGUAUUUUAUUUUUUUUUCUUGUUGGGUUUGUUUACUUUUGUUAAGAUGUUUUGUGCCGUACCACUUGAUGUGCAAAGCUUUGUAUUCAUGAAUAUACUUCCAUUUGGUAGGAU